CUUCUACAGUCCGAUGGCUACCUCCGUCUCACCCGUCGGAGCUGUCAACCGACCAUCGUUGAAUUUCAAUGGCUAUGGUAUCGGAACUUCAGUUCCAAGCACAGCAUUUUUUGGUAGUAGUUUGAAGAAAGUGAACUUCAAGACCACCAGCCCCAAGAUUUCAUCUGGUGGGGGCUUCAAGGUUGUUGCUGAAGUGGAUGAGCAGAAGCAGACCAACAAGGAUAGAUGGAAAGGCCUUGCAUUCGAUAUACAGGACAUCACUAGAGGUACGGGAAUGGUGGAUUCUCUCUUCCAAGCUCCUACGGGUUCUGGUACUCACAAUCCCAUCAUGACUUCCUACGAUUACAUCAGUGCAGGCCUUCGACAAUACCAAUUGGACAAUAACAUGGAUGGCUUCUACAUUGCACCCGCUUUCAUGGACAAGGUUGUUGUUCACAUCACCAAGAACUUCUUGAACCUGCCCAACAUUAAGGUUCCCCUGAUCCUGGGGAUUUGGGGAGGAAAAGGUCAAGGAAAAUCAUUCCAGUGUGAGCUUGUCUUUGCCAAAAUGAGAAUUAACCCCAUUAUGAUCAGUGCCGGAGAAUUAGAAAGUGGGAAUGCAGGAGAGCCAGCAAAAUUGAUAAGGCAAAGGUACUGCAAGGCAGCAGACAUCAUCAAGAAGGGGAAAAUGUGUGUGCUAUUCAUCAAUGAUCUUGAUGCAGGGGCAGGUAGACUUGGUGGAACUACGCAAUGCACAGUCAACAAUCAGAUGGUGAAUGCCACUCUGAUGAACAUUGCUGAUAACCCAACCAAUGUUCAGCUCCCUGGUAUGUACAACAAGGAGGAGAAUCCCCGAGUUCCUAUCAUAGUCACCAGUAAUGACUUCUCCACAUAG